GUCUCAUCACAAAGCUACUGUAGAUUUGAACUGGGCAAACACUGGGCAGGAGACAGGUGUCACAGCAUCAGGUGUUUAAGGUUAAAAUGGCUAUUACUGGUGUAUUGAAAGAGGAUGACAUCAGAAAUGCAAUUGAUGAUUGUCAAGGACCAGGCACGUUUGAUUUUAAGAGCUUCUUCAAGGCUGCUGGGCUUUGUGGCCGACCACAACCAGAGAGAGAAAAGGUGUUCAGAGUUGUAGAUCAAGACCAGAGUGGAUUCAUAGAAGAGGCAGAACUCAAGUUCUUUUUGCAGAAUUUCCUCUCGGGAGCACGGGAGCUUACUGAGGCUGAGACCAAAGCGUUUCUGCUUGCAGCAGACUGUGAUGGGGAUGGCAAGAUCGGCAUGGAAGAGUUCUGUUCCCUGAUGAACUGA